AUGGUAGGUACAAACACGGAACUUGAUAAUACCCAGAAUACAUAUCGAUUCAGCGAUAUCAAGGGCUGUGAAAAGAUUGAGAAAGAUUGUCAGGCUGGGAACCUCCCAGAAAAUGUUGUUAACAGAGCAAAAUAUCUUUGGAAGAUGCUCUCCCAGGCUACUACAGACUUCAGUUGUCUUCAUUUGGAUGAAACAAUGAAUGAACUGCAAGCAGUUCUUGUUGCUUGCUGUAUCUACAUCGCUUGUCGACAGUGCGAAAUUCCCAGAACCUUCAUUGCAAUUCGGGUGCUCACAAAAACUUCUUCGCUGGAAUUCCGUCAGUCUGUUCGCGAAUCUUUUAGGAUUAUUCAGAAGUAUAUCUUUGAGACUAAAUGCUCUUGCUUGAGGGCAUUCAGGACACCUUCUAAGGGAUGCUGCCAAGUAUGUCAUAGGCUGUACAAAAACGAUGCCGUGAGCAGAAUAUCCGAGGCACUAGUGUUCUGUGUAGAAUGUUCGGGUGCAAAUCACAUGAGUUGUUUGACAUCACUCAGCGCGACGAGUCCGACCCCCAACCCUAGUAGCUUGAUUUGCCGACGAUGCAUUCCAUGUAUUAUUCAUCCUGACGUAGAACAAAAUCCAAGGAAACCGACAGAGAAGCCUUUGACAACCGCUCGCAAUAGUGUUAUUGUGAAAUCCAACGAUGGCAAGAAGAUUGAAAAGACAUUCAAAUUGCGCGACGACCGAUCCCAAUCCCCUGACUUAGUAAGGGAAGAACUCAGAGCCAAUUUAAUAGACAGUAAGAUGAUAAAAUGGCUUAUGAAACGUUGCCGAACUCUCCAAAAAAGACAAGAUGAGGACAUUGAAAAAGUUCUCGCCCAUGUCCAGCACGAUUUUCUGGCACAAAUUGAAGAUGCAGAAAAUGCAACAAUGAAAGUACUCAAGGGAAAUCACCAGGCACCCCGGAUUAAAUUGAGCAAGGCACAAGAAGUCUACUUGGGUGCUCUUCAAACCAACUUUUUGCAAUUUAAUCUGCAGUCUAAUUUGCAGAGCUUCCUUGCAAAAUUACAGCAAACGAACAACAAGACAAGUGGAUUCAAAAGAAACCGCAGUAUUCUUGAGCCAUCGGAUGAAGCUUGCGAAGAAUUCAAGACCGCUCUCGUGAGCUGCCACUCUAAAACUGCUACAGAAAGAUCCGUAGAAUAUGCGGACAGUUCCUCGGAACCGAGAAGGAGAGAUUUGCCACAGCAUUUCCAGAUUACUUCAACAGGACCUCAGCGCUCACCAAAAUACAGCCUAGACUCUGAACUCGAGAAGGGUGAAAUUCAGGACCAUCCAGAACUCAAAUUCCGGAAAUUUGAACCUGGUAUUAGACCCGGUCAGCAAAGAAAAGCUAAAAGGGCAAGAAUUGUUAUGCAAGAACAGAUGACGCAAAGUGCCAGUCAGACCGCAGCUCCAAAAAAAGUAGAUCAAACCAGAGCAGCAUACAUGGAGAGAAUUGAUGGAUUGAAUGAUAUCAGCGCAGCCAAACAUUGA